AUGUCUUCCCAGCGCAACUUGGAAAGCGCUGGCGCAGCAGACGAGCGUGCGCCCUUGCUCGCGCAUGCUGACGCGCCCGAUUACACGUCUGUACCUCGAGAAGGUGACGAUGAACCCCAAGUACCCGACGAAGAGGUAUCGCGUACCUGGCAGUACGUAUGGAGAGGGUUGCUAGCCUUGGCCGCAACGCUCAUAAUCGUUGUGUUUGUCAAGGCAUGGAUAGACGCCGACGACGUCGAUUUCGACCUCAAAGGCGCCCUAAAGCGGGCCCUGGGCGGCGGACUCAGCGGCGCCGCAGCCAUGAUUCUCCAGGUGCUGCUCCUCAUGCCCAUCCGCACAAUUAUGAACUACCAAUACCGCCACGGGACUUCGACCACCACCGCCACCAAAACCCUCUACCGCGACGGCGGCAUCGGCCGCUACUACCAAGGCAUGGGCGCAGCACUCUUCCAGGGACCCAUUGCACGCUUUGGCGACACAGCCGCUAACGCCGGUAUCCUCGCCCUGCUGCAAUCCAACGGGUUCCUCAAGCAACUGCCAUCCCCCAUCCAGACAAUCUUCGCCUCUGCCUGCGCCGCAGCCUUCAGAAUGCUCUUAACCCCCAUCGACACCCUCAAAACCACCUUACAGGCCCAAGGCCCUAGCGGCUGGCGCAUCCUCCGCAACCGCAUCAAGACGGAUGGCAUCGGGAGUCUCUGGUGGGGUGCCUUUGCCACCGCAGCCGCCACCUUUGUCGGACAUUACCCCUGGUUUGCAGUCUACAACUUGCUUUCCGAGACUAUCACCGAGCCGCCUAAAGAGCAGAUCGGGUGGUGGCUGCUGCGCGCGGCGUUUAUUGGCUUCUGUGCGUCUGUUACGUCUGACACUAUUUCUAAUUCUCUGAGGGUCGUCAAGACGUAUCGGCAGGUCAAUGACACGCGGAUUUCGUAUACGGAGGCUGCGAGGAAGGUGAUUAGACAAGAUGGGCGACUGGGCCUUUUUGGCAGGGGUUUGAAGACGAGGAUUAUUGCGAAUGGGUUGCAGGGGAUUUUGUUUUCGAUUUUGUGGAAACUGUUUUUGAAGAUUUGGGAAGAGAGGACGGGUUAG